GAGCAUCGAAACAUUUCUCUGCAACCGCUCGAGGCUGUUCCAGUCAUCAACUGUCCUCUUCUCUCCGUUUCGCCGAGACCGAGGCAACCCUCGAUGACAAGUCAAAUACCUCCUUGUCCUCUCUACGUGCGCCUUCUGUCGACUUCUACGGCUGGGACGUGCGAAAAACAUUCCAAGUUUCAGGCAAUCAAGCGUAUUUUGACACUGGAAGCUGUCUACGCGUUCUUCGGAGGUUCUCUCAUCCUAUCUUAUCUUUCCACGGUCGGAACUUGUGAAGUUGGGUUUGGAUACCGGACAGUUGAUACGAAGUUCAUCUCCGUAUGCUAUUGUACCGAGCUUCCCCCGGUGACGAAAAUAGUAGACUUCGGUAUGCCGGUGAAGUUUGCAUUGCUCACAGUUUUAAGCGGUCGUGCAAACAAAGAGAUUAGAAUUCCUGGUCAGUAUUUGGAAUAUUUUUCUGUCAUUCGGUCGCCAUUAUGUUCUUCUAUACCUUUGCUUUAUUGACGCAUAUGAACGAGAACGUCAUUGAUAUUAGA